AUGCUAAGAGCCAGAGCUACGAGACAAGGUAACGGACUCACUAACCUUCUCCACAGAAGAUGUUUAGCUACACAAGGGUUCAGUUACCCCGUUCCAGCAGAGUACGAAUCUAGAACCCCUCCUUAUUCCAAAUUGGUUGACAAGCUUGCAACUGUUAAAAAAAUAGUCAACAACCAACCAUUGACUCUCGCUGAAAAGAUCUUGUAUUCUCAUUUAUGCAACACCGAGGAAAGUCUUACAUCAUCAAAUGUUCAUGACAUUCGAGGUAAAGAAUACUUGAAGUUGAACCCUGAUAGAGUUGCAAUGCAAGAUGCAUCAGCACAAAUGGCUUUGCUACAAUUCAUGACCUGUGGUAUGAGCUCAACUGCAGUCCCGGCAUCAAUACAUUGUGACCACUUGAUUGUGGGGAAAGAUGGUGCCAGUUCGGAUUUGACAAAGUCAAUUGCAACAAACAAAGAAGUGUUUGAUUUCUUGCAAAGUUGUGGUGAGAAAUAUGGUAUUCAAUUCUGGGGCCCGGGGUCAGGUAUCAUCCAUCAAAUCGUUUUGGAAAACUUUUCGGCUCCUGGAUUGAUGAUGUUGGGUACAGAUUCACAUACUCCAAAUGCUGGUGGUCUUGGUGCUAUUGCCAUUGGUGUAGGUGGUGCUGAUGCAGUUGAUGCUUUGACAGGAACACCAUGGGAGUUGAAAGCGCCUAAAGUUUUGGGUGUUAAAUUGACCGGUAAGAUGAGCGGGUGGACUUCUCCAAAAGAUGUUAUUACAACUUUGGCAGGUAUCUUGACAGUUAGAGGAGGUACAGGCUACAUUGUGGAGUACUUUGGCAAUGGAGUUUCCAACUUGUCAUGUACUGGUAUGGCUACAAUCACUAAUAUGGGUGCUGAAAUUGGAGCUACUACCUCAAUUUUUCCAUACCAAGAAGCACACAGAAGAUACUUGAUUGAGACAAAUAGAGAGCCAGUUGCUAAUGCAGCAGAUGCGGUUAAUAAAGAGGCCAAAUUCUUACAAGCUGACGAAGGUGCUGAAUAUGACAAAGUUAUCGAAAUCAAUCUUUCCGAAUUGGAACCACACGUCAACGGUCCCUUCACACCAGAUUUGUCAACUCCUAUUUCCAAAUUUGGUAAAACUGCGCAAAGGGAAGGCUGGCCAGAGACUGUGUCUGCCGGUUUGAUUGGAUCUUGCACGAAUUCAUCUUAUCAAGAUAUGUCAAGAGCUGUAUCAAUCAUUAAGCAAGCAGAAGCAGCAGGAUUGAAGCCAAAAAUCCCAUUCUUUGUUACACCAGGUUCAGAACAUAUCAGAGCAACCAUUGAAAGAGAUGGACUCAUUAGCACUUUUGAGAAAAAUGGCGCAAUCGUUUUGGCAAAUGCUUGUGGUCCAUGUAUUGGACAAUGGGAUAGAACUGAUGUGCCAAAGACAUCUACCGAAUCUAAUGCAAUCUUCACCAGUUUCAACAGAAAUUUUAGAGCUAGAAAUGAUGGAAAUAGAAACACCAUGAACUUUUUGACUUCACCCGAUAUGGUAACAGCAAUGAUUUACUCUGGCAAUAUUGCAUUCAACCCCAUAACUGAUAGCAUCAAGUUGGAAAAUGGUGAGGAAUUUAGAUUCCAGCCUCCAGAAGGAAUUGAUUUACCUAACAAAGGUUUCAUUAAAGGUAGGUCAGAGUUUUACCCCGAACCAAACCCACAACCUAAGCCAGAGGUACUGGUAAGUGUUAGUCCAAGCUCAGAUAGAUUACAAUUACUCGAACCAUUCAAGCCAUGGAAUGGUGAAGAGUUGGCCACCAACGUUUUGCUCAAAGUUGAAGGUAAAUGUACCACUGAUCAUAUUUCUGCUGCUGGUGCGUGGUUGAAGUACAAGGGUCAUUUGGAAAACAUUUCAUACAACACCUUGAUUGGGGCAGUGAAUAAAGAAACCGGUGAAGUAAACAAAGCGUACGAUUUGAAUGGUGAUUCAUAUGGUAUCCCUGAAUUGAUGAUGAAGUGGAAAGAUGAACAAAGACCAUGGGUCGUUGUUGCCGAACACAACUAUGGUGAAGGUUCAGCAAGAGAACAUGCUGCUUUAUCCCCCAGAUUCCUUGGUGGAUCAGUGAUUUUGGUGAAAUCAUUUGCCAGAAUCCAUGAAACGAAUUUGAAAAAACAAGGAAUGUUGCCAUUGACAUUUGCCAAUGAAGAAGAUUACAAUAAGAUUCUGGCAGGCGACUUGAUAACUACGAUUGAUUUGGGAGAUAUGAUUGCCAAGGAGGGUAACAAUGGUGGAACUUUGAAAUUGAAAGUUACUAAACGCGAUGGAUCAGAAUUCGAAAUUUUGGCCAAGCACACAAUGUCGAAAGAUCAAGUUGAAUUCUUUAAAGCGGGAUCUGCCAUCAACUACAUUGGUAAUUUGAAAAAACAAGAGUCAGCAGCAGCAGCAAGCACCUGA